AUGAGUGUUAUCAACAUUACCGGAUACGAUAUUAUCAAACAGAUCGGAAGCGGAGCCUAUUCGGAGGUAUUUCACGUGCGUUGUCGAAGAUCGGGGAAAUCUUAUGCCGCCAAACACCUGAUCGACGCGUGUUCGGAUUUGAAUUGCGAUGUAGCGUUUCCAGAAAUUCAGCUGAUGAAAUCCGUGCCCAACCAUCCUAACAUUAUGCACAUUUUCGAUCAUGUAUUCGAGAAAAACGCUCUCACGCUGAUCAUGGAUUUAAUGGACAUGAGUUUGUAUAAUUACAUGCAGACCCGGGCACGUCCAUUUUCGGAAAACCGAGUCCGAAGAAUGUUGUACCAAAUCGUCCUGGGGUUGGAACAUUUGCAUCAAAACGGCGUUUUUCAUCGUGAUGUUAAGCCGGAGAAUAUUUUGGUGAAAUUUUCCGGUGGAAUUGCUGGCCGAAGAGAAGCUCUACAGCUUGCCGACUUUGGAAGUGCGACACGGAUUACGAAUCGUCCACCAUUCGCCAUCUACAUUGCCACUCGUUGGUAUCGGGCUCCGGAAUGUAUGCUCUCGUUGGGUUAUUACGGGCCCAAGAUGGACAUUUGGGCCGUGGGUUGUUGCUUUUAUGAAAUGCUCACCCUGAAACCACUAUUUCAAGGCGAUAGUGAAGUUGAAAUGUUGGACGCAAUACAUACGCUGCUAGGAUCCCCGUCUAGUACAAUACUGGAACAAUUCAGUCCAUUAAAUGUGAACAAUUUGAAGUUUCCGAAUCGAAAAGGAAUAGAGCUCCGACUUCAUCUUCCAUUAAUGAACCCAAUUGGGGUUGAUCUGUUGAAGAAAAUGUUGAUCUACGCUCCGGAUCGGCGCAUCAGCGCUAAAAACCUGGUUAAGCACGUUUACUUUGAGGAACUAAUAAAACGUAAAAAGUUAUCCAAAUUCUCAUUGAGCCAUCAGAGCAUUCAAUAUAUUGCUGAUGAUGCCGUAUGCCCACCUUCCAUCGGUACCAAAACCCCAAAGCAUCGUAACUUUGCUCCCGCAUCGAUUUCAAGUGUGGUCAGCUUUCAAACCAACAACACAUUUCACAUCCUUUCGAUUGAUGAGCAAAAUAGAAUAAAGAAAAGAAGAGAGCGCAUGUGGAAUAUGAAUCCCGCCAGUACGGAGAAACAAAAGCAAACAUACAGAAUGUCGAGAAAACACGUGAAAAUGACCGAUGGAAACGGACUAUCUAUUUGGUAG